AUGGAGCUUCGAAUUGCACUGCGCCAUACUUUAGGACACGCCGAAGCUGAAUUGGACAGGCACGAUGAGCAUCCGGUGGAGGGUGAUUCUGGAUCGGAAAGUCUCCGUCAAUCCGGCAUCGCUUCACGUUUGGGUGCGCAUCCUCGUGGUGUUAUUCAGUUUCUUCCGUCCGCAAGGCAGACUCAAUUUUUUCCAGUUCUUGAUAAUUAUAAUACGUACAACAAGGAUAAAGCAUCAUCGGAUAAGAAGGCUCUCUUCCGGCGAAAAACGUCCCUUCCGGAAACCUAUAUGACUUAUGAUCCGGUGUACAAUUCCAAUGAUAUUAUUCAUCCACAAGCAGUUAAUGCAUAUAAAGGAUCACGAUGGUCGCUCCAGAAAGACGCUAUGGGUCGUAUCUAUUCACCAAAAGGUUCCGAAAUGAUAGAGUCGAAAAAUUCGGCUGACUCAUUGGCCGGUGUCAGUCGUUUCUCCAAACUGCUGAAGAAUCCGUUGGUGUACGCAGCGAGCACGAGUGAUCUGAAUAGCCCGCUAAUGCAAGCUGAUUUGCUACUGUGGAAUAAACGAUCACGCGCAAGUUUUCGGCGGCAUAACGAUGUCCGUAAUAUGGCUAUUCGGGAACUAUAUGACACCGAGAAAACUUUCGUGGAAAACCUCGAAUAUCUUAUACAGAAAUAUAUGCGGCCACUAAAGCAGCCAUUGGAAUGCACAUUAAUCGAUCCAGUCCUUGCUGAUAAAAUCUUCUACAAAGUUCCUGAAAUUCUCAUCCAUCAUCAGGUCAUCUGGAUUUCUUGUUUGCUCAUCAUUAAUGCGCCAGUGAAAACUCCUUUUAAUGACGACUGA